AACUGUAGAGAAGAAAUGGCGGGGAACGGAACAGAGGUCUUGGGCAGGAACACGGAAUUCAGCUUCCAGCACGCUGGAAGGUUUGCAAGUAUCCAAACCCAUCCUAAGAAAUGUCACGAUGACAUUGCUCCUCCCGUAAAAGCGAAGACGAUCAACGAACUGCAUUCGCUCCAGAAGAAAAAAUCUGCGCCUACUACGCCCGUCAAGGGAGCUCAAGGUGCUUUUGCCUCCAUUUCCGAAGAGGAACGCCAAAAGCUUCAGCUCCAGUCCAUCAGUGCUUCACUGGCUUCUCUGACGAGGGAAUCAGGGCCAAAGGUGGUGAAAGGGGACCCAGAAAAGAAAUCUGAAACUCCAAAGGUUGAACACGUCGCACAUCAUCAUGUCACACCUACCUUGGACAACAGUGAUAGCGCUUUAAAGUUUACCCACAUCCUCUACAACCUUUCUCCCGCCGAGCUAUACGAACAGGCUAUAAAGUACGAGCACGGAUCCUUCAUUACCUCAAGCGGUGCCUUGGCGACGUUAUCUGGAGCUAAGACAGGUCGCUCCCCAAAAGAUAAACGUGUGGUGAAGGAUGACACCACAGCAGAUGAACUUUGGUGGGGAAAGGGCUCACCCAACAUUGAAAUGGACGAGCACACCUACUUGCUUAACAGAGAAAGAGCCGUUGAUUACUUGAACUCUUUGGAUAAGGUGUAUGUGAAUGAUCAAUUCUUGAACUGGGACCCAGAGCACCGUAUCAAAGUCCGCAUCGUCUCAGCCAGAGCUUACCACUCCUUAUUCAUGCACAACAUGUGUAUCCGACCUACGCCUGAAGAACUGGAGAAUUUCGGUACUCCAGACUUCACCAUUUACAAUGCAGGCAAAUUCCCAUGUAACCGUUACACGCACUACAUGACAUCCUCGACUAGCAUAGAUCUAAAUCUGGCUAGGAGGGAAAUGGUCAUCCUUGGAACACAGUACGCAGGGGAAAUGAAGAAAGGUCUGUUUUGCGUCAUGCACUACCUCAUGCCUAAGCGUCAAAUCCUCUCUUUACACUCUGGCUGCAACAUGGGAAAAGAUGGAGAUGUUGCACUCUUCUUUGGAUUAUCAGGUACGGGAAAGACAACUCUGUCAACUGACCAUAAUAGGUAUUUAAUCGGAGAUGAUGAGCACUGCUGGAGUGAAAAUGGUGUGUCCAAUAUCGAGGGAGGUUGCUAUGCGAAGUGCAUUGAUCUUUCCAAGGAGAAGGAACCUGAUAUCUGGAAUGCUAUCACGUUCGGGACUGUGCUGGAAAAUGUGGUGUUUGAUGAGCAUACAAGAGAGGUGGACUAUUCAGACAAAUCUGUUACAGAGAACACUCGUGCAGCAUACCCAAUUGAGUUCAUCCCCAAUGCAAAGAUACCAUGUGUGGCCCCACAACCAAAGAAUGUCAUCCUUCUUGCAUGUGAUGCAUUUGGUGUGCUCCCACCAGUGAGCAAGUUGAGCCUGGCCCAGACCAUGUACCACUUCAUCAGUGGCUACACUGCUCUGGUGGCUGGGACAGAGGAUGGCAUAAAAGAGCCACAGGCAACAUUCUCAGCCUGUUUUGGUGCAGCAUUUUUAAUGUUGCAUCCCACCAAGUAUGCGGCCAUGCUGGCUGAGAAGAUGCAGAAGCAUGGAGCCACGGGAUGGCUUGUCAACACUGGCUGGUCUAGUGGAAGCUAUGGCUCAGGUAACCGCAUCAAGUUGGCACACACUCGGAAGAUUAUCGAUGCCAUUCACUCUGGCAGUCUUCUGAAGGCUACUUACAAAAAGACUCAAGUGUUUGGGUUAGAGAUCCCCACCGAAAUUGAGGGUGUGCCUUCAGAAAUUCUGGAUCCGAUAAACACUUGGUCAGACAAGAAGGCAUAUGAGGAGACUCUAUUGAAGCUUGCAGGUCUGUUCAAGAAUAACUUUGAGGGGUUUCUGAAUUACAAGAUUGGCAAUGACAACUCACUAACAGAGGAGAUCCUUGCAGCUGGUCCUAUCUUCUGAUCUGGGUGAAUGGAAGAUGAAAUGGAAUGAAAACAUUGUACUGGUUUUGGUCGAGUGUGAAAAUAAAAAAGAGGUUAUAUAAUGGAAGUGUAGUGGAUAGGGUUACAUAUAGAUUUGUUUUGAUAU